UAGCAACAGCGGCCCAGCGACCGGGACAGAGCGACGCGCGAGGAGAGAGCGGCUCUGAAGGGAGGAUUGGGAACCCGUCCCGGCCCGGCAGUAACCUUGGCCGCUCCGGAGGCAGCGGGCGGGUCGAGCCCAAAAGUUGUGGAUCAGAGCUGUCUUGGACCAAUAUGGAAUCCCAAAAUGGAUACUUUGAUGAAGACAUUACAGUAGAUUCAGAAACUGAAAGGAUUCUGCACUCAGGUAGAGCUAGUACGCGAAGAAAGCUUGUGACAAAUGGUAAUAACUCAUGCAUUGACAAAGAAAAGAAAAUCAAACCGCCUCAAAGCAGUGAGAAUACAAUGAGAGAUCAAGAGAAGACUAAAAAGAACAUGGAUUAUGAUAAAAAUAGUGACUCCUAUUAUUCAGAUGAUUAUGAUGAUUCGUCAUAUACAUCUGAGCAGUAUUGCUCAGAAAUCUCCAAAUCCAGAACACCUAGUCCAAGGAAAAAGAGACAGGCAAAACAGAGGUUUGGCAAUCCUUGUCAUAAUCAAGCUAAUGGGAAAUCUGGUUCCAGGCAAACAGCAAACCAUGGUAGUCGUUGUUGGGGAUCCCGGACCCAGAGCUUAAAUAAAGAAUCUGUUCACAAAGAGGUAGACUUAGUGACCAAACGCAUGUUAUCUGCCAGGCUGCUGAAAAUUAAUGAACUACGAAAUGAGGUUACAGAAUUGCAGGCUAAAUUGGAGGAUUUGCAGAAGGAAAACAAAAUUCUAAAGCGACUCCAGUACAGACAAGAGAGAGCCCUCAAUAAAUUUGAGGACACAGAAAAUGAGAUUUCAUUGCUCAUAUCUCAUCACAAUGAUGAGGUUAGGGUACUUCGAGAACGACUUCGAAAAUCGAAGGAGAAAGAAAGAGCGCUUGAGAAACGAUUGAAAGACACCGAGGAGGAACUUUUUCGCACCAGAAGCUCUCUGCAGAAAUUAAAGAAACUUUCAGAGGACAAACAUCUAGUGGAACGAGAUGAACUGGCACAGAAACUUGCCAAAGCUGAAAUCAAAAUGGAAGAGAGUGAAAGAAAAUUGAAGGAGCUGGAGAAAAAUUUGGAGCUGAGCAACCACAGCUUACUUAGGCAAGUGACCUCUGAGCGGAAGAAGACGCAUGUGGCUCAGGAAAAUGUUCAAAAUCUCCAGGAGACAAUCCAGCAUCUUAAUUCUAAACUAAAGGAGAAGGAAAAGGAGCUAGACGUAAAGAACAUUUAUGCCAACCGCAUACUCAAAGCAUCACCAAAGAAAGAUACAGAAAGUGUAUCUAAGAAGAAAGCUACAGUGCCCAACACUGUGAAAGGAGUGCAGACCGAAGAGUACUACUUACCUUUAGAGUUCCCAACUCCACCCCCGGCUUUUAGUGGUGAAGAAGAACUGAGGAAAAAAGGAGAGUAUUCACAAAAGACACAAGAGCACCAUGACUGUGAGACCCUGGAAUGGACUGAUUGUCCAAGACGAGACAAGGAACUAAAAGAAUAUGAGCGAGACUGUGAAGAAGCGCUGAAACGAGAACAUGAGCAACACAGGUUGGAGUUAAAAGCUCAAAAGCUGAAAGAAAAAUGGGAACGGGAAGAGCAGGAAAGAAAAAGAGAGGAGAAAGAAAGAAGAGAGAAAGAAACCAAUACAAGAGAGGUUGAGCACAAAAACUUGGAAAAAGUAGACGAGAGACGCAAGAAAGAUAUUCUGUUGGCAAAGAUGCGAGAGAUUGACGAAGAGGCUAAUGGAAGGCCCUUGCUCUCGCCGCACCAAAACACAGAGCACCCAUUUUCCACAGAAAUGUCGAAAAGCCAAGAUUCCCCAGAAAGAUUGCAAAAAACCAGCAACUUUCUCAAAUCAGUGGAGAAUACACCAACAGAGAGUUAUGGUCGCAGAAGUACCAGGACCACAGAUUUUAGUGAUGAGCUGAGUUUUGGUACAUAUGCACCAUCUUUUGGGAAAGGAACUGGGCGGUCUGGACCGAUAGAUCAGAAGGGCAGUGGCAAAGACGAACAAAUGAAUGGCCAUUAUGACUUUCCAUUUAAAGAUAGAAAGUCUAAUUUGAUGGAUCAGUUAUUCGGUUCUGGAGCUGCCACUGGCUUUACCUCCAAGGAAGAGAAUUUUGUAAUAUCUCCUGUUGUAGACAAAUCUAAAAGGGAUAACAACCCUUUUCCUUGGGACAAAACAAGCAUACCCACAAAGAAAACUGAUCAUGGUGAUUCCAGCUCUAGUGAUGACAUCAUAAGUUCCAAUCAUCACUGUUCCAAGUACACCUCAAUUAAGCCAGCAGUAAAAGCAAUUGAUUCACUCGAGGAUGAAAUAGAAGAGGUAGUAUUGUGAAAAAAAAGUUAUACAAAUGAAUUUACAACCUGCAGCAUUCUCAUGAAAGAUAUUAUCAAAAUUUUCAAAUUCACAUAACUUAAACAAACCUUUCCAAAAUAUGAACUACUUCACUGAUUAAUUUAGCUAUGCUUGUUGCAAGUGGGGGUAUAAGACAUUCAUUCUAUCAAUACAAAAUGUUUAUCUCUUCUUGUUUCCAAGUUCCAAAAUUAAUAAUUCAUAAAAUGCCUAACUGCUUCAAGGUGUGUUAUUCCAUUUUGACUGUUCAUUGUCUUUACACCCAUGCUAUUGAAUUGCUCACCUAAUUUAUUUUCAAAAUAGAUGCUUCUCCAUUAUUUUUUUCUUCAUGUCUGGGAAAGUGACAUUUGUGUACUACUCUCCCAUUUUUAUAUUUGUUGUUCAAUGUUGGUUUCCAGAGGACUGCUGGAUUUGAUAGAGAUCCAAUUAAAUCCUCUAAUUCUCCUGUUUUACCUGUCAUCGAGUUCAUGUAGUGUUGGUCUUAGCAUCUUGACGUUCCUCUUUCAACUUCAUAAAAGUAUCAAUCAAACAAUCAUUCAUAAAAAGCAGCACAAGUCCUCUUAAUAUCUCCUAAUCUUGUCCAAAUAAGCAAAUAGGUAUUGAAAAACUGCUUCAAAGAAAGAAAAACCUAUUACAAACUCAUAAAAAUGUCAAUCAGAGAAAGCUAACACUCCCCUUCACAGCUGCGUAAACACUGCCUACAGGACUGAAUGCGUUACUCAAUCUUGGAGCAAAGCCAAGCUUCCCGAAUUAGGCCAUCUGGCAAUUGUUUCAAUUAAAGCAGGCUAAACAGAUAGUCAUACAUUUUGUUUUUCCAGAUUGCCUUGUUGAGUGCCAAGACUGACUAAUGCAUUCAGCAUUGUAGGCAAUAUUUGAUUGACAUUUUUAUGAGGUUGUAAGAAGAGCACUUUUUAUCAAAGGAGAUUUUCAAAACCUGUUUGCUUAUUUUGUCAGUUUCAGGAGCGUGUCAAAGACUUGCCAGUGUUAUUAUAUGACUCAUUGGUUCUGUACAUAGUGGAUACUGAAAGAGUGGGUAUGGAGGAUGCAUAAGAGAUUUUGAAGGGGAUAUAAGAGGGCAUGGAGGAUAUGAGGGCGCAUGGAGGGGUUAUGGGAAUAUGAGAAGGCAUUGGGGAUAUGACAGUGUCUGAGGUUGGGUUGGGGGUUGAGGGCUAGGUUCUAACAACCAUGGACAGGGCUGGGGCUUUGUCCCAGUGAACUGAGGCGGGCCUUUUGACCAGCCCGACUCGACAGCUGCACGCUGCUGUUGCAGCCUCGGGUCUGCUUCCGGGGGUGACUUUGUUGACUCACCUGUGACUUUGACUGCUGGAGACCAAAAUCUUGUGGACGUUCUCCAACUUUUAGAAAUCGAGAAUGCAGCUUUGGGAAAUGGCCCAAUUCGUGGUUCUUGAAAUCUGGUUCCUGAUAUAAUAGGUGCCACCCCUACUUCUUUGCUGGGGCUGGAAACUGAGUUCAACAGGUCAAAGAAGAAAAAAUGUCUUAUCUAAUAUUUUCAGUUGCUGUGUAGGAAUAAUCAACAAAUCAGACAGCCCCAAGAUAGCUUGUAUGUCUCAGAUGUGGCACGCAUGGAUAGUUUUGACAGUGCAUUCUCAAAAUGGAAUUAACCUCCAAUCAGUGUUCUUUGCAGUUGCAUAUCUGAAGUUCACUGGACAAUUUCACAGAUCUGAAUUAAUUCAUUUGUGUAUAUAUAGUAUACAAUAGGGGGGAUUUUUCUGGCUCUGUGUACAAUUGGAAAGGAUUGCAUCAUUAAUAUGUUUAGAAGGAAAAUAAGUGUGGGUUAUUCGACAGGCUUGUGUCUCAACUGACCAUUUAUUAAUAUCUGGCAUGCUUGGGUGUUCCAGAAAAAUCUCCCCCCAAUAUGCCUUAUGAAGUGAAUAAAUAUUAGGGAAAAUGCUUAAUGCCAAUAUUGCAUUCAAAAGAAAAAGUCAUUGUUAUUUGGACUGGACUGGCAAAACAAACAAUAAAGGCCAAGAGCAGAGCAAAUUGCAAUGUAAAUGCAUUGACCUCCUUAAAGUGUUUGAUUUGCCUUUUGGUUGGAUCAAUGCAUUUGAUGAAGUAACUUUUCUAGAGCAAUUAAACGUGCAUCUGUCAUGUGAUUAUGCCAUCAUUUGAGUAAAUGUUUUAUGUACAAAAGUGAAAAGGAUUUUAACUUGUUCAUUAAUUUUAAAUCAUGCUGUGUAGCACUUGCCAUCAAUGUGGCCAACAGCAUAGCAAGCCAUAAUUGUCUUGAGAGAACUUGCUAGUAUUUUUUUAUUAUUUUAGCAAGUGGUAUUUUGUUAAAAUAACUUCGCAAAUGUGACAAUCUAGUAGAUUAAAUAUUAAUUUUAUUCUUAAUUGUAACCGUUGAAAAAUAACAGUUCAAAAUGGUCUGUUUAACAGCAAAAUCAUUUUAUCUUGUAGGCACUGUUUGAUUAGCUCUUAACAGUAGAUCGUUUCAAAACUGCUUGUUUGUUAAUUACUGCAUAUAUUGCACAAUUUCCAAAGAAUAUGUCAAGUAGUUUUAAAUGCUUAUUUAUUGCCACAUUGUAUUUUUAUACAAUUUAAAAUCAUUUGUUAAUCUCUGCUUACCUCAGUAUAAUGCUACAAGUUAUAUAAUAUGAUCUUGAAAGUAAAUUUUAGUUGUGAA